AAUCCAAUGCAACAUGUGUAAUCUCAGAUCGUUAAUCUCACUGACUGUGUUUAUCUGUCACAUCUUUAAAAAUUAACCUCGAUUGUUUAUUUAACAAAAUUUUAACAGAUAUCAUCAACAGUAAAUACUUUUUCAUAUAUGGAUUAACUCAAAAGCUUUUGUAAUUUAGUAAAUUAAAUAAAUUUGCAAGCAUUUUAUUCAAGAUUAAAAGCGUAUAUUGUAAAUUUAUAAAAGCAGUAUGUUGGAAAUAAGUGAGAGUCAAAUUUCUGCCAUAGGUCAUGUUUUGAAUGACCAAACUCGACCAUUAAAAGAGAGAUUUCGUGCAUUAUUUACUUUAAAGAAUAUUGGUGGUGUCAAAGCUAUUGAACAGAUUAAUAACUGUUUUAAAGAUGAAUCAGCCUUAUUGAAGCACGAGCUUGCAUAUUGUCUUGGUCAGAUGCAAGAUACUCGUGCUAUACCUGUGCUCAUUGAAAUACUGAAAGAUGUUAAACAUGAGCCAAUGGUGCGUCAUGAAGCAGGUGAAGCUUUAGGGGCUAUUGGUGAUCUUAGCAUUAUACCAGUAUUAGAAGAAUAUAGUAAAGAUUGUGUACCAGAAGUAGCAGAAACUUGUCAGCUGGCAUUACAUCGAUUACAAUGGUUAAAAUCAAACAAUUCAAAAGAUUUAAUGAAUUCACAAAGAAGUUCUUAUAUGUCUGUGGAUCCAGCACCACCAGCAGAGAUUACUGACAUUGAAAAACUAAAAAGCAUUCUUUUGAACGAAAAUGCUUCUUUAUUUGAAAGAUAUCAAGCAAUGUUUUCAUUAAGAAACAUACACACACCAGAAAGCAUUCUUGCUCUCUGUGAAGGUUUGAAUGCAGGUAGUGCUCUGUUUAGGCAUGAAAUAGCUUUUGUUUUGGGACAAUUACAAGAAGAAAUUUCUGUUCCAUAUUUGGCAACUUCUUUAGAGAACAUGGAAGAAAAUGAAAUGGUACGACACGAAUGUGCGGAGGCUUUAGGUUCCAUUGCAACAUCAGAUUGCUUUGAUAUUUUAAAUAAAUAUAUUAAUGAUAAUCAGAGAGUUGUACGGGAAAGCUGUAUAAUUGCAUUAGAUAUGUGCGAGUAUGAAAAUAGUUCAGAAUUUCAGUAUGCAAAUACAUUAACCAAGGUUAAUGCUUGAAAUAAUAUUUCUGUACAUUUGUAAUUAAAUAAACAUGUUUUAAUAAACAAA